AUGGAGCGGCACGGCCCCGUCCACCCCCUGCCCGAGGAGAUUCGAAAGAUGUCCCGGGAUGAGACCGUGUGUAAAUACUGUGGAAUCAGCUAUUUGAUACUUCAUGAAUUUAAGGCGAUGGAAGAAAAAGUCAAAGCGAUGGAAAAGGAGAUUAAAUUUUAUGAAGGAAGUAUAGAACGGGAAAAAGGACUUCAAGCAGAAUUGCAGUCGCUCUACCAAGACCUUGAACACUGUCGAGCUGACAGUGAAUCGCAAACAGAAAGAAUAAAAAACCUCACAGUGGAACUUAAAACCAAGCAAGAUGAAUUGAAAAAUGUGAAAGAAAAUUUGCGGUAUUUCCAAGAGGAAAAGGAAGCUGCCUAUAAACAAUCACAAGUGCUCAGAAACACCCUGGAACACCACUGCUCGACUCUGAACAAGGCUGUCUCGCUGUUUCCUUUCGUUAGAAGUGAACUAGACAGCAUUAAAGAAGUGAUCUCCAGUAACCUAGAGAACUGGGCUGCCAUGAAAGAAGAAAUUUUUCUACAAAUAAAAACCGUUAGCAAAGAGGCUUUGACAGCCUGGGAAGGAAUAAGCGGGCAGCUGUGCCGCAGGAGCGAGCAGGCACGCAUCCGGCUGAGACUGCGCCGGGGGCUGAGCGGAGAGUUCAGGGCGUCCCGGCCGGGCAGCCGAGAGCCCGGAGGGAGGAGGGCUCGUGCCUGCUGGAAAAUACCCAAAUUGAAUCAAAGGUUAGCAAAAUCCCAGAGGGAGAACGAAUGUCUCCAGGAAAAGGUGAAACAUCUGACGGUGGUGGCCGACACGGUGGAGCUGAAAACUCAACAGCUUCAGACUUCCCUUCAGCAAGGGAACGAGCUACAAAGCAAGUGCCGCGAGCUGCAGAAGGAAACAUUAGGAGCAGGAGGUAACCUCCUUAUGUUUUACUUGGAGCUUGUUUAG